ACAGGGAACACAGCAGGAACAAGUCUCCACCUACCUGCUGUCGGAUCCAAUAGUCCAGACAUCACAAGCUCUCAGGCCGAGAGUGGGGAUAGUUGGUGGAUCUAUAGACGUGUUCCUCUGGAAUGGGAGGUGUGAGAUGGAUAUUGGAGUUGCUCCCUCUUCAAUGGUUGCAUUGCCUGGACCUGCCCACCUUCCUUGUCUUCCUGGUGGUCUUCCUUGGGCUGGCGGCCCUGAGGAGGAGCUGGGUGGUCCGUCAUCUCCCCCCUGGACCGCCCAUGUGGAGCCUGGCCGCUAACGUCUUCCUCGGGUCCAAGGCACCCCAUCUGGCCAUGACAGAGCUUUCCCAACAGUACGGGAACAUCCUGACCUGUUACAUCUUCUGCAUGCCUGUGGUUGUACUCAACGGAUUCCAGAUCGUUCAAGAGGCCCUCGUCCAACAUGGAAGAGAAUUUGCUGAUCGCCCCUAUAUUCCACUACUGGAAGACCUCACGAAAGGCCAAGGCAUCGUUUUUGCCCACUACGGGAGGUCCUGGAAGAAGCAGCGUAGGUUUGUACUGACGGUGCUGAGAAAUUUUGGUUUGGGCAAAAUCCCCUUUGAAGAGAAAAUUCUGGAAGAGGUCCAGUAUUUGACUAAAGUCUUCAAAGCAUCAGAAGGUCGACCUUUCAACCCGGGUGCUAAGAUCGCCAGCGCCGUUUCCAACGUGAUCUGCUCCGUCGUCAUGGGCAAACGCUUCCACUACGAAGAUAAGACAUUCACAAGGCUGAUGGAACUGUUUGAGGAGAGCCUGGUGCUUCAGACUACUGUCUGGGCGAUGUUGUACUGUGUGGUGCCCUUCUUCCGACAUUUUCCUGGACCCCAUCAGAGGAUAUUCAAGAACCAGCGCUCCCUUGAAGCCACCCUUCAGAUCUUCAUCAACCAACACCAGGAGACUUUGAGCGGUGAAACCAUCCGAGAUUUUAUUGAUGCGUACCUGCUGGAGAUGGAAAAGGAAGAGGGAUCUCAGACAUCCUGCAUGACGGAGGGAAACCUACUCAAUAACGUUACUGACCUGUUCCUCGCUGGCACCGAAACGACCACAACCACUCUCCAGUGGGGUAUGCUAAUCAUGAUGGCUUACCCCGACGUACAAGAGAGGUGCCAGCGGGAGAUAGCCGAGGUGGUCGGGUGGUCCCGUGCCGCGAGCAUGGAGGACGGGCCCAACAUGCCAUACCUCAGCGCCGUCAUCCACGAGCUCCAGAGGUUUGGCAACAUCUUGCCGUUGGCCGUAGGACACACGGUCCUCGAGGACGUUACCUUCCGGGGAUACCGGCUGGAGAAGAAAACAAUGGUCAUCAUAAACCUGUCAUCGGUUUUAAUGGAUGAAACACAGUGGAAGUACCCAAAAGAAUUCAAUCCAGAGAACUUUCUGAACGAGAAGGGGGAAUUUUUCCAGCCGGACGCAUUUGUUCCAUUUUCAAUGGGACUGCGAGCUUGCCCAGGAGAGAAGCUGGCCAAGAUGGAGCUCUUCCUGUUCUUCACCUCCCUGCUUCGUGACUUUGAGUUUUACUGGCCCGACCCGGCCACCACUCCCAGCCUGCAGCCCGUGUACAAGAUCACGCUCAGACCACGGCCAUACAAGCUGGGGAUAAGGUGCAGAAAGUCUCCCGAUAAUGGGGAGAUACUUCCAACUGACACUCGAGAUGGCUUCUGGGACAACGCUGGAUUGGAAUAGAGACUUCCUAUAACCAUAUAAACCAUAUAACAAUUACAGCACGGAAACAGGCCAUCUCGACCCUUCUAGUCCGUGCCAAACACAUAAUCUCCCCUAGUCCCAUCUACCUGCGCUCAGACCAUAACCCUCUAUUCCCUUCCCAUCCAUAUAACUAUCCAAUUUAUUUUUAAAUGAUAAAAACGAACCUGCCUCCACCACCUUCACUGGAAGCUCAUUCCACAUCGCUACCACUCUCUGAGUAAAGAAGUUCCCCCUCAUGUUACCCCUAAACUUCAGUCCCUUAAUUCUCAUGUCAUGUCCCCUUGUUUGAAUCUUCCCUACUCUCAGUGGGAAAAGCUUUUCCAUGUCAACUCUGUCUAUCCCUCUCAUCAUUUUAAAAACCUCUAUCAAGUCCCCCCUUAACCUUCUGCGCUCCAAAGAAUAAAGCCCUAACUUUCUCUGUAACUUAGUUGCUGAAACCCAGGCAACAUUCUAGUAAAAUUCUAGUUCCUCUCGUCUACCUGUCCCAGCCGACCCUGUAGACUGUCUAGAAAAGUCUCAGACCGAUUCUCUACCUUUCCUUCACAAUGCAUUGCAAGAUAAUCAUGCCACUUGGUCAGUAAAUUGUGUCGAAUGAGUAGGAU